AUGUCCCCCGAAGCGGUGAGAAGCGAUAGCUCGAAUACGCGAGACCUCCAUUCAACUGUUUUGCAGACCACGUUACAGGAGAUAUCUUCAAGACCAACGGAACUUGAGCGGGGCGCUUCGGCCGAUGACUGUUGCGUCAUCUGCCUCGAACAGGUUACUGAAAGCUGCGAAGCACAACCAUGCCACCACCGCAAUUUUGAUUAUCUCUGCCUUAUAACAUGGCUAGGUCAGCGAACAGCUUGUCCGCUGUGUAAAACAGAGAUCAAGGAGGUCCACUACGAUUUCAGCGACGACCACAAGCAAUGGAAAACAUUUAAAGCUCCAGAGAGGCCGCAAGAGGCCAAAACGGCAAACGACACGACUUCCGCUCAGCCAGAAAGGCGAUAUUACUCCCAAGCACGCCCACGACGAAGGCGACCAGAUGUACACUCCUCAUAUCGGAGCUUUACACCCUCCCAAGAUGAAACAAUUACUCGCCGACGAACAGUUUAUCGCCACCAGCUGUACUCACUUCAUGUUGGCUCGAAUCGCAUUUCCAGGUACAGGGACUUGACGCCACAGAUGUUCGCAUCCGACCCGGAGUUGGUAUCGCGCGCUCGUACGUUUCUUCGACGCGAACUACAAGUAUUCGAGUUUCUAUCUCCCGACAACGAUGCGCCUCAGUUAGAGGCAGACCCUGUUCGGCGCCGCAGAGCCAACAAUGCAGAAUUCUUGCUCGAAUAUAUUAUAGCGAUUCUGAAAACCGUGGACAUGCAAGGCUCUAUGGGCCAAGCUGAGGAGCUGAUUCAGGAGUUUUUGGGACGGGAGAACACUCGGCUGCUGCUUCAUGAACUUAGAGCAUGGCUCAGGAGCCCGUAUAUGUCGCUAGAGAACUGGGACCGCGCCGCGCAAUAUCCCAAUGUUGCUCCAAAACGUCGGCGGUCUCAAAGUCCCAGUGCGAAUGGCGGCGGUUCAUCGGGAAGCACUGAUGGGAUUUACCCUUCCAGGUGGAGAAGGGACGACAGGCGGAGGUACCCGCGGGAGACUCACGAGUCUCGCCGCUCACGUAACCAAGACAGGUUGAGAGAGGCAACGGAGCGCUACUCGGUUGAUUAA